CUUGAAUUUAAACCAUACGCUACACGUCAUUGUCAAAAACUUUAUAUGCAAAUAAAAAUACGGACCAAAAAAUUAUAUGAUUAGAAUUUAAACAUUCAAAAUGGGUGGUCUCUUCAGUUAUUUCAAGGGUUUAUUGGGUGCAAGAGAGAUGCGAAUUUUAAUAUUAGGUUUAGAUGGGGCUGGUAAAACAACUAUAUUAUAUAGAUUACAAGUAGGUGAAGUAGUUACCACAAUACCAACAAUCGGCUUUAAUGUUGAACAAGUCACAUACAAAAACUUAAAAUUUCAAGUAUGGGAUUUAGGUGGACAAACGAGUAUAAGGCCGUAUUGGCGAUGCUAUUACAGUAAUACAGAUGCAAUUAUAUACGUUGUGGAUUCAGCGGAUAGAGACCGGAUAGGAAUAUCUAAAGAUGAAUUAUUAUAUAUGUUAAGGGAAGAAGAGUUAGCUGGUGCAAUAUUGGUAGUAUUGGCAAAUAAACAAGAUAUGCAAGGUUGUAUGUCCGUAGCAGAAGUACAUCAAGCAUUAGGAUUGGAUGCAUUAAAAAAUCGUACAUUUCAAAUAUUCAAAACGUCAGCAACAAAGGGUGAAGGUUUGGAUCAAGCAAUGGAUUGGCUUUCAAAUACAUUACAAUCUAGAAAAUAGCAACUGACUUCUUAAAUUACAUCUUAAUUAAUUAAUUAAAAAUUUAUAUUAUAUUUUAAGUAAAUCGCCUCGUUUGUUAAAAAAACAAAACACAUUCAUUUUAUAUCAUUCGAUUAAAUUCGAAAUUCUCAGAUUUAGAGAAUGAUUAAAUUAUCUCCUUUGUAUGCGAUAUAUUUAGAAGUAUUACGUAAAAAUUAAAUUGUAAACGUUCUCGAGAGAAAUUGAAAUAAUUACCUACGAAUGGGGAUAAUUUUUAGUGUUCAGUUUAUUGCGCAUGCUUAAAAUAUGUUGUAUUCAUUAACACUGUUUCAACAGGGUACUUGAAUGCAAUAAUAUGAGCUUUAAGGAGUUAUCCUACUGUAUUAAAUUAACAUAAAAACGAUAUGUACUCAUUUAAUAACCUUUAAAAUAUGCAGUUAAAUUUUCAAGUAUAAAUAUUAACUUGCUUUGGAUGUCCAAAAUUUGGUUCACGUUAUUAGUUUUAGUUAGUCAUAUACAUCACUAAAAUUUUACACCAAAUUUGAAAUUAAUCCAUAAAUUUAGAAUAGAAGAUAUACAAUGUAUAUUUUUUAAUCGUAUCUUUAAAAAUCAAAAUUGCUGAGGGAUUUUUGCUGAUUUUUAAACGUUUUACAGUACAUUAUUUAAAUAAUAAAGAAAAUUAUAGCGAAAUUUUAAGUUAUUAAGUUAUAAUUGAUGAUUGCUUUUUGUCCCUGAGAUAAUUGAAUGUGUGUAUUUCAGAGCGAGAUAAAAAUGCUUCCGAUUUUAUAGAGAAUGAAACAUUCAGAAAAAAACUAAUUGACCCGUGCGGACGUCCGCAGUGCGGUGAUACUCGUAGCUAAAAACAGGCUUGAGAAAUAUUAUAUAAGUGAUAAAAAAUAUCAACAGUAUUUUUUUAUUGUGUAUAGGCAAUUUUAUUACAGAUAUCAUAUAUAAAUUACAUACUGAAUAAAAUUAUAAAAAAUCAAAUCAAUGUGGUAGAUUUUUAGAUCGUUAGCUUUAAAAUGAAAGGUAAAUCAUGGAAUUUGAUAAAGGAAGAGCUCGCGGACUCAGGAAAACAGGCUAGAGAAAUAACACAUAAGACACUAUAUUAUAACGACCAAAAACAACUUACAGAAUCCAAACUUGAAAGAAAGUACGUUUUUAAAGCACACAGCCCUGCUUUAAAAUAACUUAUAUCUAGCGAAAUUAUAAAUUCGAUUAAACUGGCUCGGAAAGGUAGUUUAAAGUUCCCAAGUUUGGCCUCUGUUGAUUUUAGUAUAUAUAAAAAUCCAAAAAUCCAAUAUAACAGUGGAGAAAACACCGCUUUCAGUUUUUAAUACCAGAGUCAUAUGUGGCAUAUGUGCGCAUGAUGGCAACUAUAUACAUUCCUAAAAAGCUCUUAGUGACCAAAUUUAUGAAAAUUAUAAGCUCGUAACUCAAUGGCUAAUGAAUUCUGAAUACUGAAAGUUUGGUGUAUUAUUUUGUACAAGCUUCACCCGUGAGGAAUUUUGCAGUGCGGUACCCAAGGCAAAAACAAGCUAAAGAAAUAAUAUAUAAUUGAUACAUACCAGUAUAGGCAAUUUUAUUACACAUAUUAUAUUAUAUACGAAUUACAUACUGAACAAAAUUAAACCUUAAUAUUAUUUCUCUAGCUUAUUUUUUCCUACGCGGUAAAUUUUUAGAUCGUGAGUCUAUUUUUCAUCAUUAGCCAGCACGAUAAGCUUUAAAAUGAGGGGUAAAUCGUGAAAAUUGAUAAAGGAAUAAGAAAGAUCUCGAUUCAUUUUCUAAAUUUCACACACAUCGUGAAAAUUCAUUUACACUAAUGAAAGUGGUCAGCGAACAAAAUUUUCAUUUUUUUUUUCAACCUAUAGGAAACGUUUAUUAAGCAGAAAAAAGUUUACGAGUCAUUUUUUAUAGCUCACCCAACUAAAACAUUUUCUAGAUACGAAAUAAGUUCCUUAACAUAGCACGAUGGUUUUAAUGCCAUUAAAAAAUUUUCUUUUUAAGUACAGUAAGAUAACUUCUUAGCUUAAAGGUGCAUUGAAUGUUUUCAUAGCUCCAUGUUUUUGUACUAUUUUCCUUGAGAAUUUAAAUUAUUAUUUU